GGCUGAUUCAGGCGAAUUGUUCUCUCCGGCGGACAGCGAACGGCGGAAAAUCCUGGCUGGGACUGGGAAAACUCCUUGGGAAAAGUCGCGCGCGCGUUUCGCGUUCCUAAUCAUCAUCACACGAAAUACGGCCAGUGAAAGUGAAAAGUUAUUGCGAGAGUGAAAGCGAGACCCGGAGAAAGGAGCUAAAGAAAAGCAACAAACACACAGAUAAAUCACAAGUUGCGAAUAAACAAAAGCCAGGGGAAUCGCCCAAUAAAAAAAAAUUGCGCGGCUCAAACAAAUGAGCAGUUGAAAUCGCCCGGCGGACGGACGAAUCGCGAAAUGAAAUAAAUUGCAAUAUCAAUAUUGAGUUCUCGUGUCCGAUUUCAGUUGUGAUAUGCGUUUGAACAUAUUCGUUGUGAAAGUGAAUUAAAUACGCGACCAAAGCGUUUCAAUUAAGCGGAAACCGAAAACGAAAAAAACACUAAAAUGUAUGGCUUCGUUAACUACGCCUUGGAGCUGCUGGUGCUGAAGCAUUUCGGCGAGGAACUAUGGGAGAAGAUCAAGAAAAAGGCCAUGGUCAGCAUGGAGGGGCAGUUUCUGGUGCGACAAAUUUACGACGACGAAAUAACAUACAACCUAAUUGGAGCAGCUGUCGAGAUACUCAAUAUUCCCGCAGACGACAUCCUGGAGCUCUUCGGCAAGACCUUCUUCGAGUUCUGCCAGGACUCGGGCUACGACAAGAUCCUGCAAGUGCUGGGGGCCACGCCACGGGACUUCCUCCAGAACCUGGACGCCCUGCACGACCACCUGGGCACCCUGUACCCCGGCAUGCGGGCCCCCUCCUUCCGCUGCACGGAGAAGGAUGGCGAGCUGCUGCUCCACUACUACUCGGAACGGCCCGGCCUCGAGCACAUAGUCAUCGGCAUCGUCAAGGCCGUUGCAUCCAAGCUGCAUGGCGUCGAGGUGGAAAUCGACAUUGUCAAGCGCAAGGGAGAGCCCAUCGACGAGGCCGAGAAGGAGCGGGCCAUCGCCCGGGAAAAUCAGGAACUGCAGGAGGACUCCACGGCCACCGAUGCCACCACGACGACGACGACGGGAUCGGCCACGGUGGUCCUGGCUCCUUCGACGGACGCCGAGCGAAACAAUAAUCACAAUGGCAGCAAUGGCAGCGGCAAUAAUGGAAUGCCCGUGGCCAGCAACGGCAACCCCGUCAACGUGAACAACAACAACGACGGCCAACAGAUUGCCAGCGAGACAGAACCCCCUAUAGCGCUAAACACAUGCCCGAUUGCCCAGGACAGCUUCGAUUCCGAUGGCGACAAGGAGCAGAAGUGCUUGCGACUGCUGAAGAACAAAAGCGACGACAUCGAGCGGUACGACCACGUGCAGUUCCUGAUACGGGAGAUCAACGUGGCGGCCAAGUCGCAGGUGGUCGCCAAGAAGGACGAGGUGCCCGAUGACAUGGAAUUCCUCUGCGAAGCUCCACUCAUAUCGCCCGCCACAUUCUGCAAGGUGUUCCCCUUCCACCUGAUGUUCGAUAGGCAGAUGAAAAUCGUUCAGGCCGGCAAGGCUGUGUCCCGAGUAAUUCCCAGAGUCGCCCAGGAGAACUGCUCCCUGAUAGAGGUGGUGGAGGCCAUCCGGCCGCACCUGGAGCUCAACUUCGAGAACAUCCUGUCCCACAUAAACACCAUCUACGUCCUGCAGACACGUCAGGGGGCCAUGAGCAGCCGGCACGAGCAGCGCUUUCUGAGACUGAAGGGACAAAUGAUGUACAUUUCGGAAACGGAUCGGAUACUGUUUCAGUGCUACCCCAGUGUCAUGAAUCUGGACGAUCUGACCAAGAAGGGACUCUACAUCUCGGAUGUGCCGCUGCACGACGCUGCCAGGGAUUUGGUGCUGCUCUCCGAGAAGUUCGAGGCGGAGUACAAGCUCACCAAGAACCUGGAGAUGCUCACCGACAAGCUGCAGCAGACCUUCCGCGAUCUGGAGAGCGAGAAGCAGAAGACCGACAGGCUGCUCUAUUCGGUGCUGCCAAAGUCGGUGGCCAAUGAGCUACGACAUCAGCGUCCAGUGGCGCCCAAACGCUACGACUCCGUGACGCUGAUGUUCUCCGGCAUCGUGGGCUUUGGCCAAUACUGCGCGGCCAACACGGAUCCCGAGGGGGCCAUGAAAAUCGUGAAAAUGCUGAACGAGCUCUACACGGUAUUCGACGCUCUGACCGACUCCAAGCGCAACCUGAACGUGUACAAGGUGGAAACGGUUGGCGAUAAGUACAUGGCCGUUUCCGGGCUGCCCGACCACUGUGAGGAUCACGCCAAGUGCAUGGCGCGGGUGGCCCUCGAUAUGAUGGACAUGGCCAAGAACGUCAAAAUGGGCUCCAGCCCAGUGCAAAUCACCAUAGGCAUCCAUUCCGGCGAAGUGGUGACCGGCGUGAUUGGCAACCGAGUGCCGCGUUACUGUCUCUUUGGAAAUACGGUCAACCUCACCAGCCGGACGGAGACCACUGGCGUUCCGGGUCGCAUCAAUGUCAGCGAGGAAACCUACCGGCUCCUCUGCCUGGCGAUCAACCAGGAUGAUUCAUUCCACUUGGAGUACCGCGGGCCGGUAAUCAUGAAGGGCAAGCCGACGCCCAUGGACUGCUGGUUCCUGACGCGUGCCACCAGCAACGUUUCAGCCGUCGGUGGGGCUGGUAGAAAGGGGAGCGUGGAUUCGCCGCUGUUGCAGCCAACCACCCCGACGGCCGGAGGAGCCUCGCCCUUUGGGGCCACCGCCGCCCAGCGGGCAGCAGGCCAUGCCAGUGUGUCACGUAAGUCGUCCUCGUCCGGAGCAGGAGCGGCUGGGGGCACGUAGGAGCUGUGCAAGGACUCGUCCUGCUGCUGCUGAAACAUCCUGUAAAGUUGCCACUGCGUGCGUGACUCCAUCUGUCCGAAAGUCUGCUGCUAAAUCUGCAGGUCCUUGGACCACUUAACCACUUCAUUUCUAUUCCUUUGUGUUUGUCAUCCCGCAUCCUGCGUCCUGCAUCCAGACUCCUGCAUCCCAACCCAAGUGUGUGUUCUUGGCACUGUGUGAUUGUUGCUGCUGGCACAUUGCGGCCGGAGCUCGAGGAACAUCGGAUCGUUGUGCAAGCCCGUGGAUUAUCCUGUAAAAAUGUUUAAAAUCAUCUAAGUGUGUGUUGCGUGAGUCCUUGUAGAUGUGUAUUAUCGUGUAAAGGAAGUGUAAUUUGUUAAUAUGUAUUUAUUAUGAUUCUACUUUGUGAUGGUUUCUUACGCUGAACUUUUUCGUGUAACUAUAUAAAUCUAAAGACGGGCAUUACUCGAACUGUAAAAAUCGAAGAGCGAACAAUGUAAGGCAAAUAUUCUAACUAAACCACUCAACUUUUGGGUCAACUACUUAAGCCGUAAACGUAAAUUAGCAUAACCACAAGGCACCAAAGAGGAAAGACAGACAAAAAGACAAGAUAUAUGAAUAUACACACUGUAUACAUAGAUCUAAUUCGGUUCGCGUACUUCUAUACAGGGCUACCGACCAGAAAGCAAACUCAACUGCACCAAAAGCAAACUCUAUACAAAUGUACAACCGAAACGAGACGGAUCACAACCAAGUAUUUACAUGGGUAAAUGUUCUUAAGUCCUUAGAGCGACAUCAAGAAAAUAGGACUAUAGGUUAAGGCUCUCCGACCCACAAGUUCGUUUAAGUUUCCAUUGAUCUAUGGCCAUUGUUACGAGGACAAAUCUCUACUUUACUAUGAAAAAUAGCUUUAUAGUUUAUAAGCCAUCACGCCGGAAGUCUCUCUCUCUGAAUCAUGGACUAUAGCUAAUACAACCUAUAUAUAGAUAUACUCAUAGCAAUAUCGAUGUGCACACCGCAAAUACUCCUAUAAUAUAUGUAACUGUUCAGCUGAAUGUUCUUCUAAGGCAAAGCGUAGCUCAAGACUCGAUCUGUUUUUGUUGGUCCAAACGGGUGUUGAGUGUUAAGUCUAAGUCACCUACUUGUACUGUAAGCAGGCUAAGAAGCGCUAAGUGCUUACUAACUAAGCCCUCAGCCCCUCCUUCCGCCCCCAUCUGUUCUCACCUGUACACAAGUGGAGUAAAUGUUAAAUACGUUAAACUAAAAUCAAUAUGUAACUGUACCCAAGAGCAAAUCGCAAGAUAAACAUACGCAGAAGCAAAUAAAAGUAUUUCAUUGAACCCUGAA